AUGUCAUCAUCCUCAACAACAUUGGAACGAGAUCCGAAUGCUCAAUACAUUACCGAUGAAGAAUAUCAACGACGAGUCAAAAUUGCUUCGUUUUUGAAAGACUACGGAGCCAUUCUUUCAGUGAUUAUUUCCUUUGCCGUUUAUUAUUUUGUGUUCAGGAAUGGAGGAAUUCGGACGAGUAGUUAUGUUUCUAAUUUAUUGAAUAUGGCAGAUCAACAACAACAGCAACAAUACGAGAAAGUAUUGAGUUUGAUGAUUUUGAAUGGAAGGAUUUGGACGGGUGAAAGGCUUGAGAGUUCGGGAAUCACAAAUUUCAAGAGAACAAAAAACGCACAGAAAUAUUCCAUCAAAUGGGCAGAGGCUUUGGCUGUGCACAAGUCUACGGGAAGGAUCAUUGCGAUUGGAAGCAAUAGUGAGGUGCUGUCAAGAUUUUCUCCUUCGAUGGCUGAGCAUGUGUUGGAUUUUAAAAAGAAAAAACAUCGUGAUGAUGCUACAGGUGAAGAGAAUGAAGUAGAUGUUCCAUUAAUUAUUCCUGGAUUUAUUGAUGCACAUGUUCAUGUGAUUUUGGGAGGAAAAGCAAUGCUUGGAGUACAAUUGAGAACUGUUAAAAACAAACAAGAAUUUGUGGAAAAAAUUAAGGAUUUCAUGACUGUGCAUAAAGUAAAACCUGGAGAGUGGAUAACAGGAGCUGAGUGGUCAGAAACAACAUGGCAAAUUGAAGGUGGCAGCAAACUUCCUCACAAAAAUUGGAUUGAUUCAUUUACAGCUGAAAAUCCAGUUUAUUUAACACGUAUGGAUGGACAUUCAUGUCUUGUGAAUUCUAAAGCUUUGGCCUUAGCUGGUAUUACUAAAGAUACUGUCAUUCAGGGAGGCUCAAUUGAUAUUGAUCCUGUCACUGGAGAACCAACUGGAAUUUUGAGAGACAAGGCACUUGAAUUUGUUCAGAAAAUUAUUCCACCUCUCGAUUCGGAAAAGGCUGCUCUAAUAGCCAUGGAUGAAUUUCUCAAAAACGGUAUUACAUCAGUGCAUGACAUGGGAGCAGUGUUUAAUUUAGGAUCUUGGGAUCAAAUUACGACCUUUACAAAAUUACAUCAUGAGAAAAAGCUAAAGGUUAGAAUUUAUGCUACUGUUGAAUUGGAAACACACAAAAAACUUACAGCGCACAUUCACACAAACUUCAAAAAACCUAAAUCCACUCAUGCCGCUCUUGUGGAUGAUUUUAAAUGUUGUUGGACUGAAAGUCAUGGAGGACGUGCAGGUGAUUCUUGGCUCAAAAUUGGAGGUUUGAAAGAGUUCAUUGACGGGUCUCUAGGUUCGAGAACUGCAUACAUGUUUGAGCCAUUCGAAGGAACAGUCAAUAAUACGGGUUUACUGGUCAUUGAUCCAGAAACCUUCUAUCAAAGAGUCAAGGAAGCUGAUUCUAAUUAUCAUCAAAUAAUUGUGCACGCGAUUGGUGAUAAGGCAAUUUCUUUACUGUUGGACGUAUACGAACGAGUAAUUAAGGAAUCCAACGAUACCACACGAGAUCGAAGACUACGCAUUGAGCAUGCACAGCAAAUUCGUGAAGAAGAUAUUGAAAGAUUUAAAAAACUCAAUAUCAUUGCUUCGAUGCAACCCAUUCAUCUCAAAGAUGAUGCCUUAUAUGCUGAGAGUGUUAUUGGAGCAAGAGCCAAACAGCUUUACAAUGUCAGAAAGUUCCUGAACAAAGGUGUCACUGUUGCCAUGGGUACCGAUUGGUAUGUCGCAGAAUUAGAUCCGUUGAACAAUAUUCACGCUGCUGUGUCAAGAAAACCAUGUCUGUCACCCACUCAUGUCGAGAGAAGAAACGAGCCAAAGAACCCCAAAGAUUGUGAACCUUUCCUUCCUGAAGAACACAUCUCUAUUGAGGAAAGUCUCAUUGCAUACACACAAAAUUCUGCCUAUGCUGCUUUUUCAGAGAAGGAACAAGGUACAUUGAAGAAGGGAUAUUUAGGUGACAUUACAAUUUUGAGUAGAAACAUACUAGCUCUCGAUGAGACUGAUGAGCAAGAGGUGGACUCGAUCACUACAAAAACCAAAAUUAUGAUGACCAUUGUAGGAGGAAAAAUAAUGUAUGAAAAUGAUGAUCCAUCUUUGUCGUCGCUGUAUGUUCACAAACGAGCUUGA